AUGUCGUCCAUGCGAGGUCUUGUCCAGUUCAUCGCCGACUUGCGAAACGCGCGGGCUCGUGAACUCGAAGAAAAGCGCAUCAACAAAGAACUCGCCAACAUACGACAGAAAUUCCGCGACGGAGGCUUAAACGGAUACCAGCGUAAAAAAUACGUUUGCAAACUUUUAUACGUCUAUAUACAGGGUUAUGAUGUCGAAUUCGGACACUUGGAAGCCGUCAAUUUGAUCUCCGCGAAGAAUUAUUCGGAAAAACAGAUUGGGUACUUGGCUGUUACCUUGUUCUUGCAUGAGCAACAUGAGUUGCUCCAUUUGGUGGUGAAUAGUAUCCGGAAGGAUUUGUUGGAUAUGAACGAGUUGAAUAACUGUCUGGCUUUGCAUGCUAUUGCAACUGUUGGUGGACGUGAGAUGGGCGAGGCUUUGAGCGCCGAUGUCCACAGACUGUUGAUUUCACCAACAUCCAAGUCCUUCGUCAAGAAAAAAGCCGCUUUGACUCUACUUCGUCUCUACCGGAAGCACCCUUCUAUUGUCCAGCCGGAAUGGGCUGAGCGUAUCAUCUCCAUCAUGGAUGAUCCGGAUAUGGGCGUGACGUUAUCCGUCACCUCGCUUGUGAUGGCUCUGGUGCAGGAAAACCCCGAACAAUAUAAAGGGAGCUAUGUCAAAGCUGCACAACGACUGAAGAAGAUUGCUGUGGAUGGCGAAGUUUCGGCCGAUUAUCUCUACUACCGUGUCCCUAACCCCUGGCUCCAGGUGAAGCUGCUUCGAUUGCUGCAAUAUUAUCCACCAUCUGAGGACACCCAUGUUAGAGAAUUGAUCCGACAAUCGUUAGAACAGAUCAUGAACUCAGCUAUGGAUACGCCAAAAAAUGUGCAACAAAACAAUGCUCAGAAUGCCAUUCUGUUUGAGGCCAUCAACCUGCUAAUUCACCUAGACACGGAACAUGCUUUGAUGAUGCAAAUAUCUUCACGUCUCGGAAAAUUUAUCCAGUCACGCGAAACCAAUGUUCGCUAUCUUGGUCUCGAGGCUAUGACUCAUUUUGCUGCUCGAGCAGAGACUUUGGAUCCCAUCAAAAGCCACCAGCCAUAUAUUCUCGGCUCAUUGAGGGAUCGCGACAUUAGCGUUCGACGAAAGGGAUUGGACCUCCUUUAUAGCAUGUGCGAUGUGACUAACGCACGAACUAUAGUGGCUGAGCUUCUCACAUACCUACAGUCCGCUGACUAUGCUAUUCGCGAAGAGAUGGUGCUCAAAGUCGCCAUCUUGGCUGAAAAGUACGCCACCGACGCUCAAUGGUAUAUCGAUACAUCCGUCAAGCUGCUUGCAAUGGCUGGUGACCAUGUGAGUGAUGAAGUGUGGCAACGAGUGAUUCAGAUCGUCACGAACAACGAAGAGCUACAAGCUUAUGCUGCAGACCAUCUGCUAAAAUACCUCAAAGGUGACUGCCAUGAUAGUCUGAUCAAGAUUGGCAGCUAUGUGCUGGGUGAAUUUGGUCACUUGAUUGCUGAUAACAAGGGCUGUAGCCCUAUCGAGCAAUUCCUGGCUCUUCAGCCGAAGAUGUUCACCUGUUCUGAUAAUACUCGUGCCAUGAUUCUCUCGUCCUUUAUCAAAUUCGUCAACCUGUUUCCAGAGAUCAAACCUCAGUUGCUGCAGAUGUUCAGGUUAUACAGCCACUCUCCGGACCCCGAACUGCAGCAGAGAGCAUAUGAAUAUUUGAAAUUGGCGACCAUGCCGUCGGACGAGCUUUUACGAACCGUGUGUGACGAAAUGCCACCAUUUUCCGAGAGAGCUAGUGUAUUGCUGUCGCGGUUGCACCAGAAGACUGCUGGAACUAGCGACAAGCGGACCUGGGUUGUCGGAGGCAAGGAUGCCAACACAGAUAAGCAAGAGGUUCUAUUGGCACAAACAACGGGAUUAAAACGCACGUUUACGACAAUCGUCAAUGGCGGACGUAAUGGUACCGCCAAUGGAAGCGCUGCCAAAGGCGGUGCGUCCAGGGAUCUCGCUGGCUUGGACAUGUCUGCAAAACCAUCUGCUCCCCCACCCAACCUGGCAAGUGCUGCUCACUUGAGUCCCGACUGGGAAUAUGGAUUCAACCGGCUGUACUUUGCCGAUGAGGGUAUUUUGUUUGAAGAUGCCCAGAUCCAGGUCGGCUUGCGUUCAGAGUACCGUGCACAUCUCGGUGUGGUCAAGAUAUAUUUCACGAACAAAGCCUCCUUCCAGAUUGGAUCCUUUACGACGACGUUAGAUAAUCCCGCAUUGCCUAACCUGAAGAUCGACACAAAGAAUUUGCCUGAUUCAACCCUUCAGCCUUCUGGACAGACGCAGCAGACAAUAUUCGUAGAGGCCCAUGGACCAUUCUCGGACGCACCCACGAUCCGUAUAUCUUAUCUGGCAGGUGCCUUGCAGGCUUACACCCUUCAACUUCCGAUCUUGAUGCAUAGAUAUAUGGAUCCAUCAGAUCUAUCGGCAGAAGACUUUUUCAAGAGAUGGCGACAAAUUGGCGGACCACCGCUUGAGGCUCAAAAGACAUUUAAUGUAAACGCGAAGGGACGCAUGAUCCACGAGAAGUUCACCCGAUCUGUUGUUACGGGCUUUGGAUGGAAGAUUCUUAACGGUGUGGACCCGAAUCCUAGUAACAUUGUCGGGUGUGCUGUCUAUCAGACCGAGAAUGGUAAGACGGGUUGCUUGUUACGACUUGAGCCGAAUUAUGAGAAGAAUAUGUAUCGAAUUACGAUUCGAGCAACGCAGGAAAAUGUUCCUCAAAUACUUGCGAAACAGAUGGAGCAGCGGUUGUCAAUAGGAGUCAGUGUCGAUGCCGACUUGCAGUAG